UUUUGUAUAUAUAAACAAAAUUUUGUUUAUUUUAAUUUUUUGAAUUUUUGAGUUGGAAAAUAGGGUAAAUUUUUUUCUGGUGACGUGGCGAUACACUUGCAGAACGUCAUUAUACUGAUGUAUUCUUAGAUGGUAGGAUGGCAAAAAGUUAACCUUCCACCCUCAUUUCUAUAAGAUUAAAAUACUUUCAGUCCAAUUUCAGGGGGUGAAGUCUUUUUUUCGAAAUGUCAGAGGGGUUUGAAUUUUUUAGAGGGGGGGGGCACGUUUCUCAAAAAAUUUUUUCGGGUUCGAAAACUCCGAAAAAAAAGAUUUUUCGUCUUGGUUUUAUCGGUUCAGUUUCGAAUAUCCAUAAAUAUUUUCUAAAAAACGACAAGACAAUCCUAAUCAAAUAAACUUUUUUUUGGAUUUUUAAAUUUUUUAUAAAUUUUUUUGGCCUUGUUAAAAAUUUUUUCGUUGUUGGGGAAAAACUGAAAAUGUUGGGGAAACCAAACCUUAUCUGAAAACAAAAACCUUAAGGUUUUUGGUCUCGUUUUUAUUUAUUUUUUUUUCUUUUUUAAUUUUUCCUCCACCCUCACUUCUCUUUUUGAAACUAAUAACAGUUUAAAAAUAAAGAUUUCCAUUUUUUCUGAUAAAAAUAAUUUGUCACCAAUUUUACUAAUAUCAAUUUCCUUUUGUCUCUUUCUCUCUUUGACGAAUUCAAAAAAAAUUUAAGAAAUGAAGGUGGAAAAAAAAAUUUAAGAAAUGAAGGUGGAAAAGUGAAGGUGGAAAGGCCAUAAAUAGUCUUAUUUAAUAAAUUUAUCAAAUAAUUUGGGGAAGGGGAAAGUGGUUUAAUUGUGUUUAUGUGAGGGUGGAGGGCGGAGAGAUUUUAAAGGAGAAAAGGGAGAAAAGAUUUAAAUAUUUUCUAAAAUUUUUUUUAUUUUUUUUUUGUUUAAUAACAACUAAAAUUUAUGUA